AUGGCGUCCCUCACACCAGGGAUCCUCCUGAAGCUUCUCCAGUCAAUGAACUCCGCCACCAAAGUCACCGGCGAUCACCGUUCGGCUCUCCUCCAAGUUAUCGGCAUCGUCCCUGCUCUCGCCGGCUCAGACCUCUGGCCUAACCAGGGCUUCUAUGUUCAGCUCUCCGACUCCCUCAACUCCACCUACGUCUCCCUCUCAGAUCGUGACACCGACCUCAUCCUCACCAACCGGUUGCAGCUCGGCCAGUUCGCCUAUGUUGACCGCUUCGAUUUCGACUCCCCUGUUCCUCGCGUUGUCGGAAUCCGCCCCAUUGCCGGCCGCCACCAUUUCGUCGGUACCCCAGAGCCUCUCGUUGCUCGAAUCUCCGCCUCAAAACGCGAGUUUGUGAUCCAGCCCGUGUCGGAUUCUGACCAGUCCACCGAUUUCAUGGCGAUUUACUUAUCCAAUAAGAAGCAGGAGCAAGUUGUUAGGAAUGACAACAAGGAAGCCAAGAUUGAGAAGACAAGAUCAUCGAGGCAGCCUCUUGCUCCUCGAGACAACGUGAAUUUGGGUGGGAAUUCCAAUUCCAAUUCAAAUUCAAAUUCGGAUGAGCCUAAGAAGAUCUCAGAUCGGCCGGCUUCAAGGUUUUCAUCUCCGGCCGGUGCAAAGAGGUCGGUAUCCGUUGGGAAGAAGAAUGUGGCGCCCGCGGAGAGAGAUCCGUCACCCGCUGGAAAAGGAAAGAGAUCGGGAUCUCCGGCGCCUUCAAAAUGCGUGGUUCCGAGCUUAGUUGUGGCAAAGGAAGAGAACCGCAAGGUGUCUAAGGAGCCUGCGAUUAUAGUACCGUCCAGAUACCGUCAGCCGUCUCCGACUGGGCGGAGGCAGCCAUCUCCGAAUCCCCGCAGGGCUUCGCUUUCUCCUGGUAGACGGUUGUCUGGGGGAGUGAAGGACUCAGCUACCAGGAAGAAGAUGGCAACUAUCGUUGCAGGGAUUUCUAAGGUUUCUGAAGCCCUUGUUGGGUCUGGAAAGAGUAACAGGAAGGGCUGGGAUGAGUCACCGGCAGUGGAGCAAAGAGAGAAGUCUGUGUCCAAGAACAAACCAGAUUUUCAAGCAAUUUUAAGGACUCAGGCUGCCCUUUCGAGACGAUUGAGCGAUGCUCAUGGUCGAAGUCCUAGUGGCGGUGAUGAUUCUUCUAGCGAUGAGAAAACAAAAUCUGGGUCACCUGAAGAUUGCCUGGCUCAAGAGAAACCAAGCUGUACAGCUCUGGGCAUCACUGUUCAUGAAAGAAAAUGGACUGAUGGGAGUGUUUCACUUGAUGCAGUCUCUUCAGACCUUGCAAGGCUUGGAAAGGAGGCUUUGCAAAGGAAAGUUAUUGCAUCUGCUGCUGCAGCUGAAGCCCUGGAGGAGGCCAUUGCUACCGAAUCUCUUGUGAGGAAAUUAAGCAUGUUCGCAGAACUAUCUUCCACAUCCAAGGUUGGGAACCCUUUGCCCGCCAUUGACCGGUUCUUUUCAAUCUACAACGAAGUUGUUAAAUCAACAACACUUGUUCAAUCAAUUGCCAGCAACCACAAUGCUGAUACACCUAAUAAUGACAACAUUCCAACAGAGCAAUCAAAAUCUGUUUCUCUCUGGGUUGAAGCUGCCUUGGCUACUGAUCUCGGGGUUGUCUCUCUUCUUACCACCCAAGACAAUGAGCCUCCAUCAACCCUGCAGAAAAGUUUGUCAAAACGACAAUCUCUCAAUGCACCUGCCAAAACCCAUAUGAAGAUUUCUUCUUCAUCUUCUUCACCAGAGUCCAAUGCUCAUGUUGGGACGUGGACGAAGGGUCGUGGCAUGAAAGAUACUGUUGAGCUUGCAAUGAGUCUGCAGUCUGAGAUGCAAAUGUGGUUUCUAGAGUUCGUUGAGAAGGCCCUGGAUGCCGGUUUUCGGGUGUUUGGAGAGUGUGCCGCAGAUGGUGUUAAAUUGCCUCUCGACUGUGGCUCCAUUGCAGCUGUUUUAUCACAGUUGAAACGAGUGAAUGAGUGGUUGGACCGAGUUGUGUCAAAGAGGGAUGAGCAAAUGAAUGAAAAGGUUGACAGGCUGAAGAGGAAGAUCUAUGGAUUCGUUAUUCAACAUGUCGGGACAACGUUUGACAAUGCACCCCUUGCUUCAUCUUGA